UUUCCUUCUGUGCCUGCAGUCCGGGCCGUGCUGGCUGCUGUGCGCAUGCCCGGUGUUCCCGCGCCGCCGAAAGUUGGUUCCCGGGACGAGUGGAAGGUCUCCGUAGACCCCGCGUCACACAAAAAGAUGGCCUUGGUUCCUUACGAUGACACAGCUGCUUGGGGGAUGCAGAAGUUACACAAGUCUUCCUCUACAUACUGUUUUGCCAACCACACCAUCGAGAUCCAGCAAAACUGGAAGCAGCUGGGAGUUGCAGCUGUUGUGUGGGAUGCGGCUGUGGUCUUGUGUACUUUCUUGGAGAUGGGAGGCAUUGAUCUACAAGGACGCUUGGUGAUUGAGUUAGGAGCCGGAACAGGCUUGCUGGGAAUUGUAGCUGCAUUGCUUGGUGCUCAAGUGACAAUCACAGACAGGAAGGCAGCCUUGGCUCUACUGGAGUCAAACGUCCAAGCUAAUUUACCUGCUGACGUCCGGCCGAGGACAGCAGUAAAGGAACUGACUUGGGGCCGAGACUUGGAGAGCUUCUCUUCAGGAGGAUAUGACUUUAUCUUGGGAGCAGACAUCGUUUACCUGGAAGAAACGUUUGCCGAUCUUCUUGAAACACUGGACCAUCUCUGCUCUGAACAGACGGUGAUCCUGCUAUCAUGUCGCCUCCGUUAUGAGCGAGACCACAAGUUCCUGAAGAUGUUGAAUGAGCGGUUUUCAGUAUACGAGGUGCACUAUGACCCUAGUAAUGAUGUGCAUAUAUUCAGAGCACAGAGGAAAGCCCAGAAAGCAGACCUGUGAUUAGUUUGUGAACUCUUGUAUAGUCAUUCCCGCCACCCGCCACUUGCAAUCAUA